UGCGUUGUUCAAACCAUCCGCUAUUCUAUGAGGACGCACUCCUCAUACUAACAACAUACGGUUUGUGUGUCUGCCUGGAUUGUGGUAGCGUUGCUCAAGAUAGCACGUGCGUCAGAUAAUAGCUCUCUUGCCCCGUCCUGAAAGUGUGGUUUGAGGCCGCAUCAACUUUUUCCCGUUGUCUCAAGCACUUGCACCGCUAUUUUCCGACUUCUUUGCACCCUAACCGGUGCGGAGAGUGGUCCACUCGAGUUCUUUCUUUGUCUAAACUUUUCAUAUACACAGGGCCAUAGACAUACGAGGGCCAUUGCGCGCACCAUAAAUUUGUAGCCAAAGCCACUGUUACAGGCCCUCCAGACGAGCUCCCGCAUCCCCCGCGACCUAAUUCUCCGCUACGCAACACAUUGCACGGCACCCUUCCCUUCGCACAUCAGGAACUCGACUUCGACGAUCGUCGCGAACUUGGGCUCUUCGAAAUGGGCUUUGCUGGUGCUAUGCCUCUUCGCACCUUCUUUAGCGACUUUAUGCCAGCUGGUGGCAGAAGAUGGGAGAAAGAAGUAUUACCGAAAAUGCCGAAAGUCAAAUUCUCUCGUGUCCCUUUUGAGACCGACUGUGAAAAGGAUAUGUAUGGCCCCAUCUGUUCUGCCGUGAACAAGGCCAAAAUUUGUCCAGGUUUCAAGUUGAUAAGCGUCGCCAAUAAGGUCUCUAAGAAAGGCUGUCAACUCCGGCCUGACCUAGCCCUGGUGGAACGGAACGGUCUUGGUACCCUGUGCGACAUUCACUGCUGGUCUGAAAUUAAAGGCCACAGACGAAAGGAUGCUUUCUAUAUGUGUGACCCCGAGGAUCCCACAGUGGACACUUUGGAGAAGGACGAGGGCGACAGCGCUGAUUCUCGUGGCCAGCUGAUCUCGUAUGCAACCGCAUUGCUGUCCCGUCAACAUCGAGUUUUUGCAUUUUCUCUUCAUUUCUUCGGCCGAUAUGUUCGCAUUCUGCGAUGGGACCGUUCCGGGUGUGUCGUGUCAGAAGCCAUCGACUACCAGCAGGAUCCAGAUGGUCUGGCCGAAUUCUUUUGGAGGUAUAGCCAUCUUACCCCGGAACAGCGAGGAUUCGAUACUAGUGCUGUACGUGCUACCAAGGGUGAAGAGGCUCUUCUGUCUUUUGGUCUAGACGCGUUCAUCAAGGAGUCGCCUCGCGAUGUCAAGUAUCUUCGUCCCAGAGAUGAUCCAACAUAUGUUGCCUACAAGAUCACUAUGGAUGAUGGCAGGGGCGGCACUCGAAAAUUCAUCAUUCGUCAACCUUUCUGGGAUGCCGAUUCACCUUGUGGUCGCGCUACUCGGGGUUAUGCAGCAUACGAUUUGACUGAGAGACGAAUGGUCUUCCUGAAGGACUCCUGGCGCGAAGAAGGGGACGACUGUGAGGCUGAGAUCUACGACGAGCUCAUGCAGUGUAACGUGCCUUACCUCCCGAACAUACUUCGCUCUGGAGAUGUGAAGAUCGAGGGUGAAAUACAGCGUACAAAGUCUCAUGAAUAUUCUCAUCCUUCAGACUAUCCUACGUGGCGUCUGCCCUGCGAGGCCAUGCGCAAUCUUGUUCACUAUCGGCUCGUCCAGGAGCUCGCGUACCCGCUUGCGUCAGCUCGAUCUUCGAGGGAGCUCGUUCAAGUUUUGCACGAUGCGGUAGAAUCGAUUAAAGUCGCAUAUAAAGUCGGCAAAAUAUUUCAUCGUGAUAUCAGUAGUGGAAAUAUCAUGAUCGGAAAAAAUGGUCGAGGGAUCCUCAAUGAUUGGGACCAUGCCAUGAGGCUCCUGCUCGGUGGCAACCCGCACCUAUAUCGCACGGGCACUUGGCAGUUCAUCUCUAUUCGCCUCCUUCAGCAACCGACGAAGCCGCACGAAGUUCAUGAUGACCUAGAAUCGGCUUUCUGGGUCUUACUGUACAAUGCCCUACAUUACUUUCCCCACCAGUCACCGCCAGGAAGGCAACUACGACUUGACUUGUUCAACGAGAUUCACCAGGAAGGUGGUCAAAGUUAUGGCGGUGAAGCCAAGUCAUCCGUCCUCCUCUUUGGAUUACAUGGGGUCACCUGGCAGUGUAAACCGCUAAACGACCUUAUAUACGGCCUUCACGAAAUGUUCAGACAGUAUAUAUGCUCGGUUAAGGGCACGGCCGGGUUUAAGACACUGCACCAGGAGAUCGAGGACAUUGACAAUAUCCUCAAUCUCUUCGACAAAGCACUUUCCUCUGAUGGUUGGGUCGAAAAGGAUGCUGUUCAGGACCUCAGUCCUAAACUGCGCAAGCUCGAAGUGCUGAGGCAAGAACGCAAAGCCAGGACAGAGGCUAUCGUCAAAACUGUUCGUCGCACUGUGACCAUUGAAUAUGGCAAAAAAUGCACAAUUCCCAAGACCGCCCCUUCAGCAAAUCGCCCUCAUUCUCGAUCUAUCCGCAAAGAUCUUCUUCAACAGAGAAGUCUUGCACCAGAAGCUGGACCUUCUCGGGCGGUAGUGAGCUCUUGUAGUUCGCAGAAAAGAACUAUAGACGACAUGUCGCCUGAGGAGCCACCAGUUCGCUCGAAGCGGGCAAAGACAGCCACAAACCGCAGACCCAAAGCCCAGCCUCCAGCCCCUCCACUUGUCCAACAUCGGUACCCCACACGUUCCAAAUCGAACGAAUCCCGCCGUCGCCGAAAUUCCUCCAAGAAGUCAGCUCAAGAAGAUGUGGAAUUGAGGAACGUUGAACACCGGUAUCCCACACGUUCCAAAUCGAAUGAGUCACAUCGCAGAAAUAACUCUGUUGUGGAGAGGAACACUGAACUAGCUCGAAUUCGCCGCACGAACAAGUCCACAUGUGGUGAUCCGAAGCGAUCCCAACCUAAGUCAAGUACCCGUCGUCGACGGUAGCCAACGUUUUCUUGUUUCUUGGAUUUACUUUCUCUUCGUUUCAACGUUCCAAAGGACUGAAGCAUUGUUAUUUGUUCUUAGUAGAUAGUUCCGAGCUGUCGCUUUACCUAAUGCUGCAGAUGCUUUAGAAAUGAUACCCGAUUCGUCUG